ACUGAAUCCAUAAUAAAAGAUUUAAUAAUUGAUGUUGGUGUAUCUUUAUCACUGGUAGAACAAAAUGGCUUUAAAAAUUUUAUGCAUGUAGUUGAUCCAAUGUAUUCACUUUUAAGUCGUCGACAAAUAACUCGGGAUAAACUCCCGAAAUUACAUGACAAAAUGGUUACACAAUUGAAAACAUUGUGUAACAAUGCUGGAUAUGUUCAGUCACAUUAGAUAUAUGGACUGAUAGACGAUCACGUUCUUAUAUUGGUAUUACAUUGCACACAUUUAUUGAUGAUGAUUUAAAAUCAUAUUUACUAUCAUUCGCACCAUUAAAAGGUCAUCAAUACAGCUGAUGUUUUAUUAGCUGAGUUUGAAAAAGUGAUUAAUUAUUAUCAUAUUGAGAAAAAAUUAGUACGGUUAAUUACGGAUAAUGCAGUAAAUAAUAUAAAAGCAUUUAUGAUAUUUUACUUCCUGGUUUUGAAUCAUAUUUUGAAAACGAUGAAUGUAACAAUGAGGACAAUAGCUUAUCACAAGAUAAUAAUGAUGAUUGUGAAGAAACAUGUAAUGAUGAUUCAAAUGAUCAUUUUGAAUUAGUACCAUUAGCUGAUGAUAUUAUUAAAUGUGUUAGUGAAAAUUUAGAACUAUUACGUUUACCAUGCUUUGCUCACAGAUUGCAAUUGGUUAUCAAUGAUGGUGUUAAACAUGCAUCUAAUGCAACUGCUGCCUUAACAAAAGUUGCAAAAAUUGCAAAAUGUAGGCAUAGCAGCGUUUUAUUUGCAGAAGAAUUAGAAAAAUUAUCAAAAACAAUACCACGUGCAACAAAAUGUUGUUCGAAUACUCAAUUUUUGACUGUUACUGCUGUUUUAAAUAAACCAGUAAAUACAUUCAAUGAUGUUGAACCAAUCCUUCUUAAUCCAUUAAGUGUUUUAGAUGGACGUUUUAAAUUUCAAUGGAUAACUGAUCGUGUUUUAUUAUCUGUUUUAUUAUUAAGACCAAAAUCAGUUUUAGACGAAUUUUAUGGUUUUCUGAAAGAAGAAAAUAUGACUAGUGAUCUUAUUUUUAAAAGAGCAAAUUCAUAUCAAUCUCUUAAUAAGCUUGCUAGAAAAAUUAUGUGUGUUCCUGCUACAUCAGCACCAGUUGAACGUGUGUUUUCUCAAAGCGGUCUUUUAAUGAGAUGA